AGUGUGCAUGCCAUGAUGCACUUGAAUGCAGCAGCAUUGCUGCGACCUCAACGGCUCCGUUUCCGUGCGACAGGUUUCACUACCGACACUAGACCGGAGGACAGGUGUCCGUCCAGAUCUCCACUCAUGACCGGGACCCACCACCGGGAGAGUAUUACUUAACGGCUUUAACCCCACCAUGAGAAACGGGAGGAGGAGUUCACCGCCCCCCAAAAACAACAACAACAACAACAACAACAACAACAAGAGAUAGCUGAUUAUGUGCUGCUGUCCUGCGACGGUCCGGUGGUUCCUUACGAGGAGGGCGUCGACGUUUUACCGUGAUUUUACACCGUCUGCUGCCAUUUUCUGAUCGGAAACAGCAGCAGCAGCGACGUCCCAAGGAGGGGCAUCAUCAUCCAUCCCCCUGCUGCUGUUUAUAUUACAGAGAGAGACACACUAAAGCAGGGAGUCGAGUCAGAGACACGCAAGAGGAAACAUGUUCGAGACCAGAGGAAUCCCCUUUGUCCUGCUCGACGUAGCCUGCCUCAUCCUAGCUGGACUCCCAUUUAUAAUACUCACUGCGCAGCACAGUCCUUUCCGCCGGGGCUUUUUCUGUAAUGACGAUUCAAUCAAGUACCCUCUUAAAGAAGACACCAUUACCUAUCAGUUGUUAGGAGGUGUCAUGAUUCCCGUCACAAUACUCACUAUGAUCUUUGGCGAGUGCCUUUCAGUUUAUCUAAAGCGCAUCAAAUCCAAGUCCUCUUUCGGCAGCUACGUCGCCUGUAUUUACAAAGCCAUCGGUACCUUCCUGUUCGGCGCCGCGAUGAGCCAGUCUCUGACCGACAUAGCCAAGUAUUCUAUCGGUCGGCUCAGGCCGCACUUCCUGGAUGUGUGCAAACCCGAUUGGAAACUUAUCAACUGCUCAUCGGGGGCUUAUAUUGAAGACUUCACCUGCAAUGGAGACGCCAGGAUGUCCAAUGAGGGCAGGCUAUCCUUCUACUCGGGCCACUCCUCUUUUUCCAUGUACUGCAUGCUGUUCCUGGCCCUCUACCUGCAAGCUCGACUCCAGGCUGAAUGGGCGAGGCUGCUGAGACCCACAAUCCAGUUUUUCCUGAUCGCUGCCUCCGUGUUCACGGGAUUGUCGAGGGUGUCUGACUAUAAGCAUCACUGGAGCGAUGUGCUGACUGGACUCCUGCAGGGGGCCCUCAUGGCCAUCCUGGUGGUCUUCUGCGUGUCUGACUUUUUCAAGCCACGCGUAGACGCCCAUAAAGAGGCCGACAUCCCACACACAACCCUGCAGGAGACCCCGACCAACGGAAACCACUUUGAGAGUCCCAACUAAGCUAAGCCAAGAGGUGGAGGACGACACCUCUGUGCUCUGUCCAAAACGCACACCCAGGAUCCCAGCUCUCUAGCCUUUCCAUCUCAUGCAAAUACUCAACCAAUACCCUGCAUGGACUUACAGUUGAUUCUUACUUCGAGUAAGCCAGUGGAUGACUGUGCAUCGGGCUUGUUCAGAUUUUAAGACUUUUAUAGUUGUUCUCCAUCUGGAAGGAAAGCAGCGGUGACGACCUGUUCAAGCCUUGUAGAUAAGCUUUAAGUGACUGAGACCGAUGUAGGUUAGGGGCUAGAGAUUCUGUAAAGACAUGAACCAGUUAGCAUGUAUCUAUCUACUGAGCUGGUGGGAAGACUUCACUGCACGCGCCCACUAAAAGGGUAUGACCACUGCUGGGAGAGAGAGGAGGGUUGGAAACCUGUGAAUGUAACCUUGCUUUGUGCUUUUCCUGACCUGGAGUCAGUCUGCUCAAGGAUCUGGUUUAGGAUCAGCUUUUACGUCGACUCCAGCACCCAGAGAGACCGCUAUAGAGUCUGUGUUGCCUUAGGUCCAGUGUUAAUUAAAGGGCUAAUCAAAAGAGGAAUGUUUGCUUCUCAAGGCUAGUCCGUGCUGGAGACUAAAGCUGAUCCCAGACCAGAGGGCAACGCUGCUUCAACAUGUAGAGCUGCUGACUCCAGGCCACUGCCGUCUUCCUCUCCAACCGUCUAACCCAAUAUAGUCGAGGAGGAAGCUCGACUUAUAUCAUGUUUGGUUAGAGAGUUGAAGAGCAGACGGUCAGUUUUAAGUCCUGUGUUGCCUUUGCUGGACUGCUACUGCUGCUAUCAGGGCUCCCUGUGUAUCUAAGAACUAAUAAAAACAACAAUGUCAUUUUUGUAUAAUCUGUAUGUAAAAAAACAAAAUCAACAUACAGACUUUUAUUGAAAAAAAAAUGUUGCAAAUAUGUACAAAUGUCUAAAAUAAGAAAGGAGAAAUAAAGCCAUUUUACUUAUUAACAUGAACAGAAAUGAAACGCAAGUGUUUUGAUGUAUUACGUCAUGAGCCGUCAUAUAAAAUGAAAGCAUGACUUGUU